CAGCCUCCUGGUGAGGCAUUUCCUGGGUUUGGAUGGAGCCCUGGCUGGGGCCGGAAGGCCCUUUUGGCCUGUUAAUUCGGGAGCUGCCCCAGGAGCUAUUUGCUGCUCUCCUUGUGCCCUGACCAUGCCCGGGGCGUUCCAGAGCCCCCGGCCAGGGCUGCGCGAGGCCGAUCAAUGGGCCUGCUGACCUCCGGGGGGGGGGAGGCUUUUCUUUCCUUUUCCACCGCGAUGGGCGGCGGGAUCGGCGCCUGAGCCACCCGCACCUGUGCAGGGGUUCCCCGAGUCCGGAGGAAGCGCAGCGUCCGCGCGAUCCCCAGCCGGAGCCGGCCGGGAGAAGGAGGGGAGCUCCCGCGAGGUGGGCGUGGGUCGCUCCAGGACCGCGAGGAGGGCUGCUGCGGGUGGAGAGAAGAGUCGGCGGCGGCGCCCAGCGCCCUCCUGCGCCUUCGGCAGCGGGCCGGAUCUGCCCGAGCAGCCGGUCAUGUUCAGCCUAAGGGGCAGUUCACGAGCCAAGAAGGCGCCGGAGGAUGCGUCCAGAGGAAAGCAUCCAAAGCAAGAUGGGAGCAGAGCUUGUCCAACGGCAAGGAGAGCAUCGAACCAGACGCAAAAAGGCUCUCUGGAGUCAGACCUGCAGGCUCUGAGGAGCACCUCACACCCCCUGGCCUCUGAUUUUCUCCAGGCCCUGCAGGUGGCCGUCCAAAUCAGUGCCCAAACGUUGGCUGAGAAUCAGCAGCUGAAAAGCAGCCUGCGGGCCCCAAACUACAACCUGCUGGAAGCAAAUCAGCAGCUCCGUCAGAAGCUGAACGACCAGCAGGACCUGGUUUCCCACCUGCCGGAAGAGAAUCGGCAGCUUCAAAACAGCCAGGAAGAGCAAGUAUCUCACCUGGCGGAAGAGAACCGUCAGCUCCAUGAGGAGCUGAACAGCCAGAAAGAGCGAGUAUCCAACCUGCUGGAAGAGAAUCGGCAGCUGCAGAACAGCCAGGAAGAGCAAGUAUCUCACCUGGCGGAAGAGAACCGUCAGCUCCAUGAGGAGCUGAACAGCCAGAAAGAGCGAGUAUCCAACCUGCUGGAAGAGAAUCGGCAGCUGCAGAACAGCCAGGAAGAGCAACAAGCCCAUCUGCUCAAAGAGAAUCGGCAGCUUCAGCAAGAGCUGAAGGACCAGGAAGACCUCGUAUCCCAGCUGCUGGAGGAGAAUCAGCAGCUUCAGCAGGCGGUGAACAACCAGGAAUUCAAAGUAUCCCAUCUGCUGGAGGAGAAUCAGUGGCUUCGGCAAGAGCAGAUGAGAAGCCAGAGAGGAACCCAGAAAUCAGUGUGCCAAACGUUGGCUCCACUGGCUGCAGUCUUCCCCGUGCAGGUCUGGACCACCGGGCACACCGGCGGCUGUGAAAAGCACUUUGUGGAUGAGGUGUCCAAGCGCCUUGCCGGCCUUGGAGUCGCUCUCCAGCUGGAGGAUUAUCAAGAGGAGUCGGAACGCUUUCUGCUCCGCUUCUGCCCUGUCGUCUCCCGCAUGGGCACCGACACCAUCCGUGCCCUUGAGGGACUCAACAGUGUGCGGAAGGCCCUCCUGGUUGUGUUGCACCUUAAGCCAAAGCACAGCCGCCAAGACAUUGUCGACACCAAGCGGCAGGUGCAACAUGGCGCUCUGGUGAGGACGCUCCAUGCCUGCUACAGCAUUCAGGACGGAUUCUACGCCUGUGAGAUGAACAAGGCCGCUUUGGCUUCCGCUGUCGAGGCCACCAAUGAGUUUUGCUGCCGUAUCUGAUGCUCCAACUUCUGUGUCGGUGGCGGUGUUGAAAUAUGAAAUCAGUUUUCAUUGGUUGAGGAUGGUAACGGCAAAGUUGGGCCCAGCCUGGCUUACCACCUCAAGGGCUUCUCCACUUCGACUUGUACGUUGCCCUUUUGCUCUGCAGCCAGAGUCUUCGUAUGCCUCUUCCACCGUGUGCCACAUUCAUAAAGGCUCCUUCAGCCAGAGAGGACUUUGCCCGUUGCCCACAACAGCUGCAGCGUAGAGAGAGAGAGGCACACCUUGGCCAACACCGUCCUCUUGCAAAGGGACCGGUGGCUUUAGGUUGCCAAAGGCCACCAGCCCACUUUGAAGCCACAAUGUUAAAUACAGAAAGGCAAUUUAAUUCAGAGUUCCUGCAAAUAAAAUAUCCUUUUUGGCCUAACGCACUGCAAGAGCAGGUCUUGAACCCAAUUUGUCAAGAGGGAAAUUGCAAACAAUUUGAUCUUGGAGUCUGGAUUUUAGAAUGGUAAUUGGGUGGCAGAGUGCAAAUGGGGGUGCCCACAGAGACUGGCAACUUUUGGUUGCUUGUGUCCUCUGCCUGACAUCCAAAAUUUGCAACUAGAUGCAAGUCUGAUGCAAAUGUUUCGGCUUGUCCAAUACCCCUAAGUGCUUUUUGUCGGAAAAAAAACAACUGUAUGAAGACUGUCAAGGAUACUAGUCAUAAGCACGCCAUUUCUACCAUAUGUGGACAUACACGGAUGCUAGUAUUAACUAUGGAGACCAGAACAGGCUGCAACUGUUUGCACAUUUUUGUAUGUCUGGAUUUGUGGACGUGGUCUUUAGCUUUAUUUCUAAGACUUGACAUUGCAGAGAAAAGUCUCAAAUGGGGCUGCACCUCACACCCAGGGGUGGCAUUGGCAGCAGAGACCAGGAAGUGCAAAUCCAGGUAUUCUCAAGCACCUUUAUUACCUUGUGUUGUGUCCCUGGUGGGAAAUAUGGAAUAAAUCUAAUAGUUGGGCUACUGAA